UAAAUCCAAAGUAAUUGUUGAAUCGUAUUCAUUUAAUUUAGCAAAUCAGUUGUGUAAUCAAGUAAAUCUUUUUGAUUAAAACUCAAGAGAAAAAUAUCAAUAUGAAAUUAAUUGUUAGCUUAAUUGUUGCUCUUUGUUUAAUCUCAAUCGCAACAGGAACCGUUUUACUCCGAAGACGGGAACAAGCAUAUCGAAAGGGAAUCGCUGAUGGAAUUGACAUUGGAUACAAUUAUAAUCGUGGAGGUCGAAAUGACCGAUAUCGUGAUAAUGAUGAUUAUCUUUACUAUGGUCGACCCUCCACCGGUCCAAGUUCAGCUGGUUCAUUUGCUGGACCUGAUUCAAGUUCCGCUGGAGUUACUCUUGGUUCUGGUACUCGAGGUACUUCACUUGGUGCUCGAGCUGGUUCAGAUCAAUCAUAUGGCUCAUUACGAACCAAUUCUGAAGCUUAUGGAAACAAUUAAGGAAUAAUUAAGAUCAUUUCUUGUAUUUUUUACUAAUUACCUCAAUCAUUCGAACAAUAAACUUAAUUAAGACUCUUAAAAA